AUGGCAAAGUUCGUGCUGGCUGGUAAGGCAGACUGUCCACACUUUGCUAAGGCAGAACUUCUGGCCGACUAUCUUCAGAUUAAUUUGCCUAAUUUCAAGAUACACAAGAUUACUCAGCAUCCUGACAAGUGGGAGAAGUGGCUUCAUGAUAUCUGUGAAAAGAAUGGAUGGAAACACAAACGCUCACCAAUUGUUUGGAGGGAAUUAUUGGACCGUGGAGGGAAGGGCCUGCUUCUGGGAGGAUUUAACGAUUUUAUGGAGCAUGCCCAGCAUUACUAUGGCAUCACCUCGGACAUGCUGAGUGAGCAGAUGCUGAGAAUUGCUGAGGAGAAUUUGCAGACCCACAUAGAAAUUGAGAAAGAGGAGGAAUAUAUUAAAAGUCUUAUCGACCCCUUGCAGGUCUGGAUCAGCAGUGCAUCAGCUCCUGCCUGCUAUAACCUGAUUCCAUUAUUGGCCAAUGGAGAAGUGUUUGGGAUGGCAACAGAGGUUAGCAUUCAUCUGCUCGACAGUAGCCAUUACAAGGAAAUUCUGCAUGGUAUUGUAAUGGAGGCUCAAGACUUAGCAUUCCCCCUCCUUCGCAGUGUCUCAAUGCACACUGAAUUAGAUGAUGCCUUUGUUCAGGCUGAUGUUGUAAUUUUGCUUGAUGAUAUCCUCUUACAACACGAGAUCCCAUCACUUGAAGACUGCAUCAGACAGGUGACUGAGCAAUGUAAGGUGUAUGGUCCCCUGAUUGAGAAGAAUGCCAACAGCAGGGUCAAAGUUAUUGUGUCAGGAAAAACUUUUGUGAACCUUAGGGCAUUAAUGAUUAUGACAUUUGCCCCAUCCAUUGACGGCCAGAAUGUUAUCGCUUUGGCAAUGUUCUUGGAAAACGCAGCUAAAGCUAUGCUGGCCAGGAAACUGAAUAUGAGUUCAGCAGGAGUCAAAGAUGUGAUUGUUUGGGGUAAUAUCAGUGGCAAUAGCUACAUUGAUCUGUCUAAAGCAAAAGUUUACAGAUAUGACAGUGCUAUCUGGGGUCCACCUAACUUUUCACGCCAUUUGCCGGACAUGAUUUAUGAUGGCAACUGGGUGCGUUCAGAAUUUGCAUUUGUACUGAGUUCCCUGAGUUCCCGGGAGCAUCACUGCUUAGGCAUGUCACCUGCUCAUGUAAUAGCUACUGUGCUGAGAUACUGGUAUCAAGACUCUCCUCCCGGGGAGAUUGUCUCAAUGGGAAUACUCAGUGAAGGUCAAUUUUGUAUCCCUGAAGGGAUUAUCUUUUCCAUGCCUGUGAGGUUCCAGGAUGGUAGCUGGGAGGUCAUUACAGAAACAGAAAUUAAUGAAGAAACCCAAGAAGCUCUGAAGCGUUUAGCCCAUGAUCUGAUACAGGAAAAACAAGUUGCACUAGGGGAAAUACCAGAAAUGCGUCCAUAUAAAGAACCUGCAUUCAAUGGCUUCAAUCUGCUAGCACUUCUAGAAGAGGAAAACGUUCAAACACCCCCAGAGGACCUGGACACCUUAUCCAAUGGCUUACUUCAGCCAGAGACCCAGGAAGGAGAAGGAGAAAAAGUCCAAACAACCACUGAUGAACCUGAAGGUCCACCCGAUGAGUUACUUCAGUCAGAGAUGCUGGAAGAAGAAAAAGUCCAAGUGCCCAUAGAUGAUCCUGAAACUUCAUCUGAGGGCUUAAAUCAAUCAGAGACCAGUCUGAGCAAUGCAGAAAACAAUGAAAACCCUUAA